AUGGGCCAAGCGACGCCAGCUGCAGGACGCGAUGGACUCGUUGCAUACAAACAGGCCCUCUUGAAUCUGGCCCAGGCUCCUCGGUGGAGAGGACUCAUCAUCGGCACUGUUUCGUUCUUGCUUGUUUUCUGGAUAUGGCAAGCCAACUCAGACCCUAACGCGCCUGGUUCAAAGCUCUACAAUAAAAUCUCAGGCCGACCGCAACAUCAGGAUUUUAUGUGGAAGCCACCACCUCCGCUUGAGCCAUCUGAGAUCACAAAAGAUCUUGAAGAGGGGAGGAGUUCGUCCGCACCCAUUGGGCUUAAGAAGGAGAAUCCUCAAUUCCAUCUUCUGAUCCAUGCACCAAAGAUCACGAGCAAUGUCUGUCGAAGCUUACUGUCAUCUUUUCUUCUGGACUAUCCAACACCGACCUUGAUAGGCUACAGGCCAUCUCCACCUAACGAGACUGUAGAAGGAGAUUUCUGGCUCGACUAUGGUCUUGCGGACACCACCGAGUAUCUCACACAGCAAAAUCGCAUCUCAGACGACGAUUUUAUUGCGAUCGUUGAUGGAGAGAGCACUGUCUUCCAACUACCCUCGGAGGCUCUAUUGACCGAGUACAAUGCUCAGACGGAACAGGCCAAUGCAGAGCUGGAUGACAAAUAUCGUGACAUACCAGUCAAGACAGCCAACAAGCAGAAGUUGCAACGCUUCAACCAAUCAGUAUUCUUCGCAGCAGAAUACGAAGUUGUGCAAAAGCCUCACAAUGGCUUCUUGAGCAGGUUCAGGCUGCCCGAAAACAAGUUGUCGACACAUCUCAACGACAAUCUUGCAGUCGGCUCUGGCUCAGGACUUCGUCAUCUGUUCGAAACAGCAUUAGAGCAAAACUCUCGCAUUGAGCGCACUGACCGCGAUACUUUCAACACCAUGUUCGCACAACAAGGACUUCUUCGCGCGUCCCAGGCCAAAGAGCAGCGCGAGUUGAAAACAUGGCUAUCUCGCAACGUGCUACCAUCCAACAAGAAACUCCAGAAAAAGUUGGCCGAGGAUUAUGCAGCAGCCAAACAAGAUCUGGGCAUUGGUCUUGACUACAAGGCUACUAUCUUCCAGACCAUUCCAGCUUCUGCUCAACAUGUUGCCGACAGCGUCAUAACAUUGUCCGAGCACCCUACCUUCCCUGUUCCUAAGUCUUUCAAGAAGCUACCAAGUCCAUUCAACCUCCAAACCUAUACACCACACCUCAACUCCACCAGCGCAAUCCUCGUCCAGAAACAAGAAAAGCUGCCUUAUACAUUACACUGGACAGAUAUCCCUCUCUUUACCAACCCAGUAACACAAAAAGUGCCCUCGCUAAUCUCCAUGUUACCUCCCAAAGCCAAUAACAAAGCAGACUCAGCUUCAAGUCUGCUCACAGCCCCAGACACCAAUAUGCGCGAACUCUGGGAGUCGAUGUGGUUCUUCCCUUACGCACGACCUCUGCUCAAACAAUACCUUUCCAAAUCCACAAGUAAGGAGAUUGCCUCUGAAGCUGCUGUGGGCGGAGAGCGCUGGUAUGAUUCCCGUGGCGGUCGUGGCGGUGUUUGGACCGUCGACAACGAAUGGCUUGACGCUGCAGAUCUGUGUGCACCCUUCGGCAAAGAAAUCUUCGAAGAUGGGUUCAGAGGUUGGAGUCAUGCAGUUCCUGAUGGCGUUGAGCUUUCGAAAGUUGAAAAGACUCCUGAUGGAAAGGGUAUUGUGAUUGGUGAGCAAGUGAGGAAUGGACAGAUCCAUAAGAUUGUUGCUGUUCAGUCUGAGAACUAA